AUGUCUGGCUGCUGUUGUUCUAGGAAAUGCCCCUCCCUGCCUGCCAUCUCUCUCUGCUCUACUGAGGUGAGCUGUGGAGGACCUAUCUGCCUACCCAGUUCCUGCCGGAGCCAGACAUGGCAGCUGGUGACUUGUGAGGACAGCUGUGGGUCAUCCGGCUGUGGCUCACAAUGCUGCCAGCCUUCGUGUUCUGUGAGCAGUUGCUGCCAGCCAGUGUGCUGUGGGGCGGCCAUUUGUGAGCCCUCCUGUUCUGUGAGCAGCUGUGCUCAACCUGUGUGCUGCGAGGCCACCGUCUGUGAGCCUUCCUGCUCUGUGGGUGGUUGCUGUCAACCUGUGUGCUGCGAGGCCACCGUCUGUGAGCCUUCCUGCUCCAUGAACACCUGUGCCCAACCUGUGUGUUGUGAGGCCACCAUGUGCCAGCCUUCUUGUUCUGUGAGCAGCUGCCAGCCCGUGUGUUGUGAGACUGCAUCCUGCCAGCCUCUCCUCUGCUUGCCCGUCUCCUGCCAGCCAGUGAUCUGUGAGCCCAGCUGCUGCUCAGCUGUUUGCACUGUGCCUGCUUCCUGCCAAGCCAUGAUCUGUGAGCCUGUGGUUUGUGAGCCUGCUUGCUGCCAGCCGGUGUGCCCAACACCUAGCUGCUGUCCAUCUGUCUGCUCUGCAGCCAGUAGCUGCCAGCCAGUCGGCUGUGAGUCCACUCCCUGUGAGCCACCCUGCUCAGAGACCAGUGCUUGUCAGCCAUCUGCCUGUAUGACUCUGGUGUGUGAGCCUGUUUGUCUCCGUCCUGUCUGCUCUGUCCAGGGCCCUUGUGAGCCACCAUGUGUCUCUAGCAGCUGCCAAGACUCCUCAUGCUGUGUCUCCAGUAUCUGCCAACCUGUCUGCCCUGAGCCCAGUCCUUGCUUGCCAUCGGUGUGUGUGCCCACUCCAUGCCAACCUUCCUGCUACAUAGUCAAACGAUGCCAUUCUGUCUGUUGUGAGCCUGUUUCCUGCCCAUCUCCUUCUUGCCAACCUGCUUGCUGCCGUCCGGGGUCUUCUGCAUCUGCCAUCUGCCAACCGGCUUGCCCUCCUCGGACUUUCUACAUACCUAGUUCCUGCAAGCCGCCUUGCAGUCCAGUUUCGUGCCGCCCUAUCUGCCGCCCCAUCUGUUCUGGACCCAUCACCUUCAGGCAGCCAUAUGUGACAUCCAUCACUUACCGCCCUGCCUGCUACCGCUCCUGCUAUUCCAUACUCCGCCGCCCGACCUGCUUAGCUUCUUACUCCUACCGUCCUGUCUGCUCUCGCCAGCCUUGCACUGAUUCUGACAAUGACAAGUCUGAUUGCAAAAAUCCAACUUCCAGUCAGCCCGACUGUGCUGACACAACACCCGGCAAGACAGAGGUCUCAGAUGAUACUCCCUGCCAGCCCUCUGAGAUCAAACCCGCCAGCCCCAUCACCCGUGAAGCUGUAGCACCCCAGCCUGCUGCCAGCAAGCCUGCUGACCGCUGA